CUGGCCUUUCAUGGGUCUGCUGUGCAGUCUAAAGUCUGAAUUGAGACUCUCAGCAGCAGCAGCUCAUGCAUUUGCAUUUGAUGCAGACUCUUAGCAGACUUCAGUCGGAGGAUCCAGCACCCGCGGAUGACUCUGAACUUAACCAAAAACUUUGCUCGUGGAAGGGUAGAGCAUUCAUAGACGUAAAAAACCUAUCACGACGCUUUCGUUUCUGCCUUAGAGCUAGCGACGCAGUUUUGGGUGUGAGUCAAAUGAGGUGUGUUUAGACUAGCUCUGGCCUGAAAGAGUGCAGACGGAACUAGGUUUUCUGGCGGAGUAGCACUAAAUCCACAGCGCAACAGACUACCGGUGCACAGUUCACCGCUGAGCUCGAGACAGACGGAGCGAGUCCGCUAAAAGUGGUCGGUGCGACUCCGAGAUGUGUUUUGUGUGACUUUAAAAACAACAACAACAGCAGCAGUUUGUCUUUACUCCCGUCGUCUCCACUACUCUGAGCGCUUUAGGGACACUUGUUCCUCCGUGUUUUUUCCAAACUGACGGACUUCUCGACACUGGACUGACUUCAGCUGAACUCAAAAGAUGUCAAUUUUGCCUUUCACUCCCCCUAUUGUCAAACGACUUUUGGGCUGGAAGAAGGGAGAGCAGAACGGCCAGGAGGAGAAGUGGUGUGAAAAAGCGGUGAAGAGCCUGGUGAAGAAGCUGAAGAAGACGGGACAACUGGACGAACUGGAGAAAGCCAUCACCACCCAGAAUAUCAACACGAAAUGCAUCACUAUACCGCGAUCUUUGGAUGGCCGUCUUCAAGUUUCCCACAGAAAAGGUCUGCCCCACGUCAUCUACUGCCGUCUGUGGCGCUGGCCCGACCUGCAGUCCCACCACGAGCUGCGGGCGGUGGAGCUGUGCGAGUACGCCUUCCACACGAAGAAGGAUGAAGUGUGUGUCAACCCAUACCACUAUCAGAGAGUAGAGACACCAGUACUCCCACCAGUGCUGGUCCCCAGACACACAGAAAUCCCCACUGAGUUCCCACCUCUGGAUGACUACAGCCAUUCAAUCCCUGAAAACACCAACUUCCCUGCUGGCAUCGAGCCCCAGAGCAACUAUAUACCAGAAACACCUCCACCAGGCUACCUCAGUGAGGAUGGAGAAACCAGUGAUCACCAGAUGACUCAUAGCAUGGACACAAGCUCCCCAAAUCUGUCACCUAACCCAGUUUCACCCACACACAAUAACUUGGACCUCCAGCCAGUGACGUAUUGUGAGCCGGCCUUCUGGUGCUCUAUUUCUUACUAUGAGCUGAAUCAGCGAGUCGGGGAGACCUUCCACGCCUCGCAGCCCUCGCUGACAGUGGACGGCUUUACGGACCCGUCCAACUCAGAGAGAUUCUGCCUGGGUCUUCUGUCCAAUGUCAACCGCAACGCAGCUGUGGAGCUGACACGCAGACACAUUGGUCGUGGCGUAAGACUGUAUUACAUUGGUGGAGAAGUGUUUGCAGAAUGUCUCAGUGACAGUGCAAUCUUUGUCCAGAGCCCCAACUGUAAUCAACGUUAUGGUUGGCAUCCUGCUACAGUCUGCAAGAUCCCUCCAGGAUGUAACCUAAAGAUCUUCAACAACCAGGAGUUUGCUGCGCUGCUCGCACAGUCAGUAAACCAGGGCUUCGAGGCUGUGUACCAGCUCACCAGGAUGUGCACCAUCCGCAUGAGCUUUGUGAAGGGCUGGGGAGCCGAGUACAGGCGACAGACAGUGACCAGCACCCCCUGCUGGAUCGAGCUGCACUUGAACGGGCCCCUGCAGUGGCUGGACAAGGUGCUCACACAAAUGGGCUCCCCGAGUCUCCGCUGCUCCAGCGUCUCUUAGGGAGACCAUUCACCUGCUCAUUUCCUGUCAAUGACUAGAAACACACAAACUGCACACGGACGAGAACAGCUACACAAGUACUGAAAGAUGACGAACCCCCUCAUUCAGCCACUGUUACUUUGUUCUUCCUCCCCACCAGCUGUCAGUAGCACUUUUUAUUUACUUGUCUGUUUUGAAAGGGGCCGAGUGCAUUAAAACAGUUAAAUGUUAGAAGGAUCUCUAAAUUUGACGUCUGUAAUUAUCCUUUGUUACCUAAAGGACUGAAGUUAUUGCUACACGAGCUUCUUCCUGUCUGGUCGUGUUUGUUUAAACAUUAGUCUCAUAGUUUUUACCUGUUUUGUACAGAUGUUAAAGAAAACGGCUGAUCCAAAAAAAAAAGUUUUAAAAAAAGAUUUAAUUUUUAACCAUUACUUUUGAAUUUGUAAUGCAUGUGUAUGUGCAUGUUAAAUGCAUUUUACAUGAUUUUGUUUCUGUUUUUGGGCAUUUAAUACUUUAUGAAAAUGUGACCCAGUCAGAUGGCUUGAAAAAGAAUUGUAUAGUGGGAACAGUCAACCAACAUUUAUAAAAAUACAGCGUGAAGGAAUGGGAAUAUAUUUCUGUCUGGGUGAAUAACAGGAUGUUUUAGCUUCACAGUCAAACUUCAAACGGAAACAAAGGAAAGCAAAGCUUCAGUCAAACUUGCUGCCAUUCAGGUGGUUCUUAAUCAAGUGCUGAUUUGAACUACUACCUGAAUCACAGUUGCAUAUCUCACAUGUGGGAUCAUUCAGGGUGGUGCACUUUUAUAAAAUGUUGAUUCUCUGGUAAAGUGUUGUUGCAGCAGCUGAGGUGGUGCUUUAUCAGUGAAAUGUAUUCUGCACUCAUUUCUGGAAGCUUUGCCAAUUUAUAUUGUAGUGUGUCACACAUGCAGACUUGAAAACAUCUCACAUACUGUACAUUUCUGCAUUGUUAAAGGGGACCGGUUAUGCUUAUUUCUGCUUCCAGGUUUUUAUUGUUGAGCUCAGUGGUCAAAAUAAUCCUCAUUUUUGUCACUCUGAUCCUGCAUCCAGCAGCUCUGGUUGUGCUUUGUCAGGAGCAGACUGUUACCUCCUCUACUCUCGAGGCUACCUUUCUUCUGAUUGGCUGACCUUUGCAAACUGAAGGUUUGAAUAGGAGGCGCUUAAGAGCUUUCUGCUUGAGAUUACCUAUUGUGUGCUAUUACAGGAUCUGAAGUAAUGGCCAUGUUUAAUAACAGCAUGCAGCACUGUAAAGGUACGUGUGUAUAACAAAAAUAUAAAAGGUCCCCUUUGAACUGCAGAUUGAACAGACUUGUUUAUGUAUCUGCAGAACGCUUUGAAGUGCAAGGGGAGCAAAGGGUUGCCUUUGCUUUCGCUAAUAUUCUCAGCCAUACAUAAUAUUGGUCUUAAAAUUAGCCAUGCUGACUUUGUGCACUCAGGACUGUAAAAGAACAAAAAAAAAAAAAACCAGAAUAAUAUACAGAAACCAAUGAAAAGAGGAGAUGUAUGACCUUUGAGACUUUUUAGUCUAUUUUGCUAUCAAUUAGGUUUGUAACAUGAUACAGUGGAAAAUAACUGCUGGCAGGUCUGGGGGGGUAGUAGCCCUAUAUAUAUAUAUAUUUUUUUUUUCUUCUUAAUAAUCUGUGAGGAUAAGACAGUUUAAGUACAAAGCACAGCUUUUAACAAAGGGACAUGUUGAGAUAAAUAAGAGGCAUGUAAAUACCAAUAGCUUCUCAAAAUUCCCUUUUCUUUUUUUUUCUUUUCUUUUUAGGCCUGUACAUAUAGUAUAUACGUGUGUUUUAAUAAUGUGGCCAUUAGCCUUUAUAAUGUUGAUCGUUUUGGAAACAGAAGAAGAAAAAAAGAUCAAAAACUGAAGAAAAACAAAUGUUGGGAAAAGCGAUGGCAGAAAUAGAAAGACAGUCAAAGCUUUAGUCCCGUUUCCUUUCAGCCACCCACUGUGAUGGAAGUGGAACCAUUUCCUUCUUGUUCUCUAACACUAGACAAAGACUCAGUGGGUGAGCAUGAAAAAUAUUUUAAAUCUUUGUACUGUGCUUAUUUACAUUGUCCAGGCUCUUGAUGUUAACAGCAGCCCAGUGGUGCUAGUCUUUAACAUUUUAGGGACUGAAGAGUAAACAACAAAGGCCCGAGAGUUUACCAUCAACGCUGGUAGAUUUUGAUCUCUUUGGAAUGAUGAUGACUUUUAAACCUGCAAACUUUAGUGGGAUGGUUUCAGAAACAGUAGCAUCUACCAAUCUGAGACGAGCCAGCUCUUUGUAGAGCUUCUAGUGUCCUCGAAUGCAGUAGUCCUGAUUCUGAUGGGCUCAUAGUCAUUGUAUUUACCCGGUAGGGAUUAUUUUUAAAGCAAAUUUGUCAUUUUUAUACAUUCUGCUUGUGUUUAGUUUUGUUUUGUUUGUUUUUUUAUCCUCUUUGUUUAAAUCUCACCCUGUAAUCGCUAUUAUUAGUUGUGAUUUCUGCUUCUGUGCUCUGAAUUGGUCUUUUUAGAUGUCUUGUACAAAACCCUUUUAUUUUUCUCUGCUUAUAAAGAGUUGAUGUGAUGCUUUA